AUGUCGAUGAGAUCAACGGACAACACAAAACGGGCUUUCGUUAAAAAGCGUUGCAAAGUCACGGCGUCUGAAAUACGUCGUCAUGUUGUCAGCGGAUUGUUGCCAAUUCACAAGCUCAAUGAUGCCGAAAAUGGGUUCGACAUGGAUUUGUCAAUUGUUUCGAAGGUGUCUUACACUGAGCCGGUUUCGCCAAUCGAUAUUGAAAGUAUUCUAGAGCAAAGGAAAACUUGUCUGCUUUACUCAAUAUCUUCACCAAAAACGAGUAAACCAAUUUUUGAGUAUGUUGCGGACGACGUUGAAAUCAAAACGGUACGGCAAGAUCGAUUCACAGAGCAUAACUAUACCACUUUUCAAAACAUUGAGAAUCAUGUUCGCGAUAUUUGCUCGUUUUACUGCGAUGAUUUCUCUUUGGUUAAUAGAAAGCACGCUCAGUACAGCACCGAGGAUAUCAAACUGCGAUGGGAUUUGGAAAAACUCACAGCACUUCGCCAUCUACGCCCACAAGUUUUCAACAGUGGAUUGAAAAUAAUGGACAGAGUGCCUAGCACAAUCUCAUUGGAAGGAUGCACGUACGACGCAUUUGAAGCUGCAAAGCAAGGCGACGAAAAAUAUUACAUUUCUAUGCUGAAAACAUCGUCAAUUGACAAAAACAGCCUUUUGAACUCACUUCUUGCGAAAAACCGUGUUAAACACAUUAUGAACUGCGUUAGCAAUGAUAAUAAGGAUACACAGCUUGAAAAGCGAGCGAUUCCACAUUUGCCGGAAGAAGAGGAGAGACCAAGACUUUUCGUAAAAGUCGAAAAGAUAAAUGUAGAACCAUUCUUCGAACCGCUAUUUGUAUCCAUGGCUAUCUACGAUAUUCGCCAGAAAAUGAAAGUGACAGAAUCGGUUCACUUCAGUAUUGUUGAUAAUGACAAGCUGGACAUGCUAGGGAAGCAUCAACCAAAAUACGUCAAUUCAAAUUUGCAAGCUCUUUUCAAUGUUUCCGGGCCAGUGAUUGACAUGUUCUUGGUUAUCAAGAUUGAGAAGGUUUUGCAACAAUCGGAUGUUUUUGAUGGAAGCGAGCCGUAUACUGGGACGAGAGAAGAGAAGAAUGUUGAGAAAUUGAAAUCAAGCGCCGAGGAUUUCUGCCAAAGACUAGGAGCUUAUCGAACACCGCUUGGUUAUCAAAUAGUCGAUAUUCAAAAAAUUUUUAACGCUAACGUGCAACCGACAAACUACGGGGAUAGAAAAACUGAUCCAAUGAUCACAUCAGCGUGCACUAUGAAUUCCGGAGUCACAUUAUUUACGAACGGUCAAAUUCCGGAAGACCGCUGCAGUAUUACUAGUGCUGAUAGGUCGUCGAUUGUGUCAAUGGGAUCCACAUUGCGCCGAUUUGGUAGUGGAACUUCCGCAGCUACCGUGUUGAGUCGAGUUCGAACGCCGCUUUCAAAACGGAAAUUCAAUUUUAAAUCGGAGCAGUUACACGAUUUCAAACCAGAAAUUCCUGAUUGUCUUGAUAACAUGCCAUCUUGCAGCUUAAAAUUUACUACAUUUUUUAGACAGGAAAACGAUAAACUUUCUGAGGAAGACAUUUAUCGAUUGUGCAGUGACGUGAGGCGAACCAAUGGGAAAGUUAGCAAGAAGAUGUUCAAUUUGGACAUGGAGCUUACAGUUGCAGGCGCAAACAAAAGUAAGGAGUACUUGAAUCAUGGAAGCACCACAACCUUGAACAGCGAUUCGCUAAUUCACGAUGCUCAAGAAAUUUCGAAAUCGAGGGUGUCUUUGUACAAAUCUUAUAAAAACAUCAUGUACGUUUAUCCGAAGAAUAUAAACUUAUCAAAUAGAACGGGAAACGCGAGAAAUAUAAUGAUCAAAAUUGAGCUGAUGGAUGCCAAAGAGAAUCCGCAAGCAAAUAUUUUUGAAAAAGGUGCUUUCGGUAACAACGAUCUCAAAACGUCGGAAUGCACUAGUGUGAUUUAUCACAAUCGAAAUCCAAAUUUCACCGAUGAAAUCAAAUUGGAACUGCCUUGCGAUUUGGAUGAUGGGCAUCAUUUACUCUUUUCCGUUUAUCAUAUUUCCUGUAAAGAUGGAAAUUCCGAUUCCACUGAAGUUCCAGUUGGGUAUUCAUGGAUUCCAUUAUAUCGAAAUGGGAAAAUCAAAAGCGGCGAUUUUCAAUUGCCGGUUUGCGGACAGAAACCUCCGGUUCCAUAUGGAUACCUUGAUUCAAGCAACGCUCUACCAAGUCUCAAAUGGAUCGACAAUCACCGGCCGAUUUUUAAUGUCACAUUGAAAGUGAUAUCGAGUGUUCAUGCUCAAGAUGAUCAUCUUGUCGAAUUCUUCACAAAUGUUGCAAGUUUGAGCUCAAAUAAUCCCAAAAAUCCUCCUGUCAAUGAGGCAACCUUGAUUCAUUCAAUCGAGAAUUUGCUGAAAGCUGCUCCAGAUCGCCUUAUUGCGUUCAUUCAUUUCAUAAUGAGUCGACUACUCUUCCUUAUUGCCAAUCCGCCAUAUUCCGAUGAAGUUUCUGCAAAGGCAUUUGAAUGCAUUGGACAUCUUGUAAAAUUAUUUUCGAGAAUGCUGGACUCUGACGUUGAUGCUCAUUCAAGAAGCAUGCUGUUGGCGUCAUUUAUUAAAUAUAGAAAACUUGCAUCACAAGAAUCGAAACCGCAUUCAAGUCUUCGACCUGUGGAAUUGAAGUCAACACCGACAGAAUCAAACAUGCUGAACAGUAUGAUUGAGCAUGUUGAACGUAGCAGCCAUGGAUCUGUAAAUACUACAAUCACCAAUGUUCGUCUAAACGAGACACUAAUUGAAAUUUGGCUCAAAGCCAAGGGAACUGCUAGAGAGAUUUCCAUUGUUCAUGCAUGGUUUUUCUUAGAAACAUUGCUGAAAGCAUGCACUGAAUACUUAACGAUGACUGGAAGAAUGUUCUCAUCGAGAAAAAUUCGGUUUGGUGAAAACUUCUUGAAAAAUGUCGAAACUCUCUGCGCGAUGCUCACUCAAGAGAUUAUAAAUCGAAGCACAACGGAUUUCGAAGAAGCUCGCUCAGUGUCAAAUGCUCUUGCAUACUUUUUGCGGGAUUGCUUCUCAAUUAUUGAUCGAUCGUUUGUUAUGAGAAGAAUUCACAACUAUUUAAUGGCAUUCUCGGAAAAUAUGAAGAGAUCAACAACAAACAAUGAGUUAUUGGCGAUCAAACUCGAUUUUAUCCGCAUAAUUGCUACAUAUGAGCAUUAUUUGGUGAUUAACAUAUUAAAUGAAGUUGAAAAUGAGUCUUCAACCACUGCCACACCGCCAAAGUCAUCAUUAGGUUCUAAAUCAACAAAAAUUGGUCCAGUGAAUUGGAACUUGACGGAUGCUUCAAGAUCAACUCAUUAUCUCUCGGGUCAAGUAUUGACUGAUCUUCAAGAUUCUAUAAAUUCUGGAAAUGUUGCAUUGUGUGCAAAAGCAAUUGAAACAAUUAAAGAGCUGCUACAAUCGCAUGAACUUGACAACAGAAUAUCUGAAAGUGAUUCAAGUGCUCAAGUUGCACACAUAUACAAGCCACUUGUGAUUAUUGUAUUGGACAAUAUUGAGUGCUUCCAUUCGGGAUCGGUUAGAAAUUCUUCCGAUGGAUCAUCCAACUUGUCGUUUCUGGAAGCAACCAUGAAGCAUGAUGUAAUGUGUGCAAUUUCCGGAAGACUUCGCAACAGUCCGGACCCAAGCCUUUCAAAACUUCAGCUUGACGCCCCAAUGACUAAAACGUUGCUUUGUGCAAUGUUUUGGGUUCUCAAGCGCGUCUCGACUACCGAUUUGAAAAACUGGAUAGUUUCGUUGAGUGAGGAAUACAUGCUCAAACUUUUGCAUGUUCUUUACUAUACAAUGACGACAUUCGAAAUUAAAGAAGAGGUUGCUACGAGAAAAAUCUCUAUGCAGCAGCACUCAUUGGAGAGACAUGACGAGGAGCCACCGGCAGCUGGAGUCAAAUGGAGAGAGACGAAAAGCACUGAGACGUGUGACUCGCGUCCCGAAACCGCAAUUCUUGAGGAUAACGCUUCAAAUGAUGCAAUCUUGUCUUGCGAAAUAUUCUUAUGCGUUGUCGAAAUAAUUGAGACCAUCAUUCAAACCACAACGGAUCCGAAAAACGCACAAGCUCUUCAUCUCCUGCCAAUGAUGUUCCCAAUUAUUAUGCACGGCCUUUCAUGCAACGUGUCGGAUCAGGUUCUUGAAAUUCUGUUCGCCGCACAACAGUCAUUCUUCGCAAAAUUCCCAUCAUUGAUACUUGAACAAAAGCCGGAAUUCUGCGCUGAACUUUCUCAGCAAAUUUUGAGACAUUGUUCAUCCACAAAAAUCGAUAAUGUGCGAAUAAUGGCCACUGUUAGCUUAUAUCAUUUUAUGCGAGAAAAUUUCAAGCUUUACAAGAAUUUGACAAGAGCAAGAACAUUCUUGUCGACAGCGCUGUCGACAUUACUAUCAGGAAGUUGCGAUGUAAAUAUUUCAGUUAAUGACGAGUACAUGUGCAAAAGCCUCGAGAUUGCAAAUCAAUUGGCGUUUGAAGAUGACACAUUUGACGAGGCGUCGAAGAAAAAAUUGAUUGAACAGAUGAAAGAGUUGACUGCGAACUUGCAAAAAAUUAUGCUGAGCACUGUACGAAUGCGUGAGCAUGUGAAUGAUUACGAAAUGACAAUUGACUUGAUGAAUCAAUUGGUAGAAGGGUAUUCAAACAAUCCAGACUUGAGAAUCACAUGGUUACUGAACAUGGCCGAACGUCACGAGAAACAGAGAAAUCUUUGUGAAGCGGCUCACAGUUAUCUUCAAGCGUGUGCUUUGGUAUUUGAAUACAUCGAUCAACGUAAUCAAAACUUGCGGUUUCAAUCUUAUGGAGCAUCAACUUUUCUUGAAAUUACUCCAAAUGUAGUAAAAGAAUCAAAAGUGAACUUCAGCUCUGUGAAAAACUCCGAAGUUGAAAACCAUAUUCAGUCAUAUCAUUUCACGGAAACAGGAUUGCUUAAAAUUUUGGAAAAGACCUUUUCACUCCUUGAAAAGGCACAACUAUUCGAGCUGCUCUUCCCGUUCUCGAAAAUUCUUCUGAAUUAUUGUCAUGCAGCAAAAAGUUAUUCGCGUGCAUCCUAUAUCCACAAAAGAUUGAGCCAUGCAGCAGACCAAAUUAAAGAAACCAGUGAAUUCCAUGAACACCAAGCGGAUGCGUGGGUUUCACCAUUACCAGGAACUGAUAAACGCUGUUUUGGUACAUUCUUCCGUGUAGCAUUUUAUGGAAAGUUGUUUAAAGAGUUACGUGACCAGGAGUUUGUUUAUAAGGAAUCUGCAUUUUCGAAGCUAAAUGAAAUCAGCAAUCGAUUGGAAACUUUCUACACGGGAAUGUUUGGCGAAGGAAAUGUGAUCGUACUAAAGGAUUCACGACCAGUGGAUGUUUCCCAAUUGAAUCCGGAGAAAGCUUACAUUCAAAUCACAUUCGUCGACGUCUAUCUCUCAAUUGAUGAGAAAAUGGAACGAUCGACAUAUUUUGAUCGAAGAAAUAAUGUAAAUAGAUUUUUCUUCGAGACCCCAUAUACUAUGGAAGGACGGGCUCAAGGUGAUCUAUCAUCGCAAUACAAGAAGAGAACAAUUCUUACCACAGAGAAUUCAUUCCCUUACAUAAAAACAAGACUCCGUGUAAUAAACCGCGAAGUUGUGAACUUUUCGCCAAUCGAAGUUGCCAUUGAGGAUAUUGAACGCAAGACAAGAGAGCUUGCCGCAGCAAUUCAGCACAAAAACCCAAAGAUGCUCUCAAUGCUUGUUCAAGGCUCGAUAGGAACAACUGUGAAUCAAGGCCCCUUGGAGAUUGCAAAUGUGUUUCUUGCAAAUGCGAUGACAGAUGAGCACGGAAAACCAAUGGAUCGUCUGCAAAAUAAACUGAGAUUAUCGUUCAGACAUUUGCAAUAUCAAGCGAGCGAAGCCAUUCAGCUUCUACGCCAAUUGAUUGCAGAGGACCAAAAGGAGUAUCAAGAAAACGUUGAGAACAAUUUUAAUAGUUUUGUGACCCAUUUGAAGCCAAUACUGACCAGAGAAAAGGGCGAGGUUUCUUUCGCGGAGUUUGGAAAACCGACUGUUGUAUGA